AUGAGGCCAUUGCCUAUGGACAUAUCAAUGUGGGUGCCAAGAUUCAUUUUCGACUCGCUGCAACAGAGCCGGGUUGGUGUGCGACAAGUCAUGAGUCUCCGAGAUCGUCCUUUCUUUUCGCCUUUUCGGACCACAACAGGAACCAGCCCUCUGGCCCUCAAGGAACCUGGGCUAUUGGCUUUGGCUACAAUGGUCACCCUUAUGGAUAAAAAGGAUAGCAGUCACAUUAUUAAGAAGUUUCAAGAGAAUAUCAAACGCGAUGUGGAGGUUCAGGCAUAUCUCACUCAUGACUGGAUGAACGAUCUCUUUGCCAAAGGGACAUGGUGUUGCUGGGGACCAUAUAGUUUCGGUCGGUAUGUGCAAGAAUUGCAGAAACCCCAUGAGAGAGUCUUUUUGCGAGUGCAGACUGGGCGGAUGGGUGGAGGGGAUUUGUCGACGGUGCUAUUGAGAGUGGGCAGAAUUCUGGCUGCAAAUGAUGUCAAGGCAUUUAAUGCUCGUGCUAGUCCAACAGUUAGACUAUUUCAACGGUUAGACUAUUUCAACAGUUAG